CACCAAUCGCGAGACGCCGACUGGAAAAAUAAGUAACCUCUUGACUCUUGAGCCGAGGUUUUGGAGACUGUGUGCGUGUCAUGACUUUGCUUGGUAGUUGAUGGUUGUCAAAAAUGGUUCAAGCCGGUCUGAAAAAGUCAUCAGUAUCAAAAAUAAAUAGCAAAGCUGGAAUUAGUAGUUUAAUAAUUUUCGUAGUCCUACUUCUAGCAUGGAUCGCAGGGUUUUCUUCACGUCUAUUUGCAGUAAUUAGAUUUGAAAGUAUCAUUCAUGAAUUUGAUCCCUGGUUCAAUUAUAGAGCCACGGCAUAUAUGGUAAAACAUGGAUUUUAUAAUUUUUUAAAUUGGUUUGAUGAAAGAGCAUGGUAUCCUUUGGGAAGAAUUGUGGGGGGUACUGUUUAUCCAGGUUUGAUGUUAACGUCGGGAAGUAUUCACUACAUCCUUCAUUUACUCCAUAUAAAUGUACAUAUUCGUGAUAUAUGUGUGUUUUUGGCUCCUGUUUUCAGUGGCCUUACAUCAAUUUCCACAUAUUACCUAACAAAGGAAUUGUGGUCAGCUGGAGCUGGAUUGUUUGCAGCAUGUUUUAUUGCCAUAGUGCCUGGUUAUAUAAGUCGUUCAGUGGCAGGUAGUUAUGACAAUGAAGGUAUAGCCAUUUUUGCCUUACAGUUUACAUAUUAUCUCUGGAUUAAAUCUGUGAAAACUGGAUCAGUGUUUUGGUCUGUUGCAGCUUCAUUGUCAUAUUUCUACAUGGUGUCAGCAUGGGGUGGUUACGUUUUUAUCAUCAACUUGAUCCCCCUACAUGUAUUUGUUCUACUUUUAAUGGGUAGAUAUUCUAAUCGAUUAUUUACGAGUUACACAACAUUUUAUAUACUAGGGUUAAUUUUCUCGAUGCAAAUUCCUUUUGUUGGUUUCCAACCUAUUAGAACCAGUGAACACAUGGCAGCCGGAGGUGUUUUUGCACUGAUGUUUGCUGUUGGGGCUUUGAAGUACUUACAGUCAAUGAUGUCAAAAUCAGAAUUUAAAUCCUUCGUAAUAUUUGGUGGACUUAUAUCAGCAGCAGUAGUGUUCUUAGGUGUUGUUUUACUUACUUAUGCAGGAUAUGUAGCUCCAUGGAGUGGAAGAUUCUAUUCAUUAUGGGACACCGGCUAUGCGAAAAUACACAUACCAAUUAUAGCUUCUGUAUCAGAACAUCAACCGACAACUUGGUUUUCCUUCUUCUUUGACUUACAUAUAUUAGUUGUCACGUUUCCAGCUGGCCUUUGGUAUACUAUUAAAAAUAUAAAUGACGAAAGAGUAUUUGUUGUUUUAUAUGCUCUAAGUGCAGUCUAUUUCGCUGGAGUUAUGGUUCGUCUCAUGCUCACAUUAACUCCAGUUGUCUGCAUAUUGAGUGGAAUAGCUUUCUCCGGUCUAUUAGAACUAUUUUUGAGAGACGAAGAUACCACUAGAAAUGAAGACAGUGAAGAAGAACUGCCAUGCACGCCAUGUAAAAGGCUGUAUGAUAAGGCUGGAAAGGUACCAAAAAUGAAACAUGAACAAUCGAAAGAACCUGACAGCAUUGGACCAAACUUAAGAAGUAUUGUAACUGUGGUAAUCUUAUUAUUGUUAAUGUUGUUUGCCGUCCAUUGUACUUGGGUUACAAGUAAUGCCUAUUCGAGUCCAAGUAUCGUGUUGGCUUCAUAUGGAAGUGAUGGAUCUAGACAAAUUCUUGAUGACUUCAGAGAAGCCUACUUUUGGCUUUCUCAAAAUACCGCCGACGAUGCCAGAGUUAUGAGUUGGUGGGACUAUGGAUAUCAGAUAGCGGGUAUGGCUAAUAGGACUACUCUGGUUGAUAAUAAUACAUGGAAUAACAGUCACAUUGCUUUGGUGGGAAAAGCGAUGUCAUCUAACGAAUCUGCUGCCUACGAAAUUAUGACUGCUUUAGACGUCGAUUAUGUAUUAGUUAUUUUUGGCGGUGUCAUCGGAUAUUCUGGUGAUGAUAUUAAUAAAUUUUUAUGGAUGGUCCGUAUCGCUGAAGGAGAACAUCCAAAGGAUAUUAGGGAAAGCGAUUACUUUACGGAACAUGGUGAAUUUAGAAUUGACGCCGAAGGUUCUCCAACAUUGUUGAACUGUCUUAUGUACAAAUUGAGCUAUUAUAGAUUUGGAGAAUUAAAAUUAGACUACAGAAGUCCCGCAGGAUAUGACCGUACUAGAAACGCCGUCAUUGGAAAUAAAGAUUUCCAGCUUACUUAUUUGGAAGAGGCUUAUACUACCGAACAUUGGCUCGUAAGAGUAUACAGGGUUAAAAAACCAGAUGAAUUCAACAGACCUAGAAUCCCUGUUGCAAACAGAGUAGUUAAAACCAGUAACUACGUAUCAAAAAAGAAUACUAAACGUAAGAAGGGUACUAUUAAGAACAAACCCAUUAUAGUUAAAGGAAAGAGACUGUCUACAAAACAAUAGAUUAAAAUCUAUAAAAUAGUUAUAUAAAUUAAUAUUUUGUUGUUCGUUAUUGUUUUCUUUUUAUUAGAUUUUUCAUUUACAUUACAAAAGAUUUUUAUUCAGAAGAAGGAGUUACUACAUAUGUUUCACAUUUUUAAAUGUUUUUCAGAAAACUUAAAAAAUUCUUUGUUCACUAUGUGAUAAACUGUAAAAAAUGCAAAUACAAUUCUAAACCUUUA